AUGAGUUGUUGUCCAGACUUUUCAACCAAGUCCAGAUGUUCGCAGGGUUCUGAAACCACGAACACCAGUUAUAUUGAAUACGAAAUUUUCAUCGGGUCGGACUCUCUCUGGACCUUCACCAUUACGAAAUCGCUCAAGUGUCCUUCCAACUAUAAAUUGUUCACCAGAGCCAAAGGAUUGUGGUGUAUUGGAAAACUGGAAAUGCUCUUCUUCAAUUGGACACCGUUUUUGCGAGGUACGGAAUUUGGGUGGAUGGAAAACGGAAAGAGAGCUGCAAACCACCAGCCAAAAAAAGCGCCGCUUGUAAUGGAACCAAUGGAUUUGAUAAAGCUGGGGUAA